UCCGCAAACACCGAGGCCUUCGAUCGGUUUCUGUAGUUUCUUCUCCCUCUAUCGAUGGCUUUGUUGCUUUCUCCCAUCUGUCGACGCCGCGUCAUGCGACAGAAGGCGUUUGCGUCGACGAGAGGGAUCGCCGGGGCGAACGAGCUUGCUGGACUGGUGGUUUCAGUUAUAUGGCAAGGCUGGUUAGUUUCUAUUGAGGAGCACAGAGCUGCUUCCAAGAAGCGACGAGAUGUUACAUCUCUGAUCAGAUGAGACUUCUUGUCAAGAUAUAGGGCCAUCUUGAUGGACAUUCUAUCGGUGGGUGGCUUAAUUCCAAGAGUAAACAGAGAUGACAAUAGAAACAUACUUGGAGUACAUGAAAUUGUCAAGGCCUACUAGUGAAGAGCACAUAAUGUACCUGCGAAGGACAAAUCUUUUGGUCCCAUUUGAACAACCUGUCCUCAAAACUUGUUGAACAAGUUGGAGAAAUCAUCAUCCAAGGAUAUCAAGCUUGAUUGCAAUAGGCAUCCAAGGAUGAAAAGCUUAUUUAUCGCAAAAGCAGGCUUAUCCGCAAUCCUUUUUCUUGUGGGUAUCUGAUAAGUUCAAGAUUAGAACUUUAUGAGGUAUGCAAAGUAAAGGUGUAUCUGCUUCACUGAGUACCAUAUUUUGAUCAAGGUAGAUGCAUGGAGCUGCCACAUGAAGAACGAGUAAUUUGCCAAAUUUAUCUCAACAAUCCAUCCGCAUCAGGUGGUCAGUGACAGAAUGCUGUAUCGAGGCUGUUGUGGAAUGGCAUCAUUCUUCAGAUGUGUUAAUUGGAUAAGAAUGUUGAACAACAUAGUGAACAUUGUGCCCAUGCAAGAGAAUGCCAACAAAAUGUCUGUUCGAGCUAAAUGGGGAAUAGAAAACAAUUGCAUGUGAACCCAAUAAAGCCAGAGGCAACUGUGACCUUGGACCCAGGAUCUCCCAGUAGAGACAAGUUAUGGUGGCACAAAGUUUUAGAACUACAGCUUUGUUCAUGAGGUAAGAAGAAACACUGCAUAUCAAGUGAACUAUGUUCGUGCAGGUUUGGAUGGGAACUGCUAACAAGCAGCUGAUCCUGCAGUCAAGUGAAACUUCGAUUGGAGUGCCAAAAGAACACUGAAGUUCCUCACAAGAUGAGCCAACCACAGGUAAAUUUCUUCCAUUUAUCCUAUGUGGUAUCUUCUUUAGCAAAUUAUUCGGUCAAACAAAACCACUUAUAGAAGUUGCAAGGGACCAGAUCAAAGUCUAAAGAGAUCAUCUGGUCCCCUCUCGGCGUUUGACGGAAGAGUGAAAGAGGAAAAAGAAAGAUGACAAGGCUUCAGAUGCAAUGUCUCUGGUAAGACCAUGAAACAUUGAGCACGAAGCAUGCAUGAAGCGGAAUGGUCACCCACUGGUGAGAAGUUUUCGCGCACAGGAAGCUGAUAGAUUCUCAUCCUGUCAACUUGACCUGCAAACGAGCCACAAGGUCUGAUGCUUGUAUGACGGGAUCUAUGAAGGUAAAAUCCCUCUAUUUCUCAUUUAAAAAUUUGAUUUUGCCCAUGAAAUUAUUAUAUAUCCUCUCCGGCACAAUGGACAAAGAUAAAGCAUCCGAGGUACCUGGGGGAGCCCACAUGCCAUGUAUUAUAUAGUUCUUGGGUGUAGACAAGAUGUGUAUUUUGUGUACAGCGUGACUGCGACGUCUACAGCCACCCACACGCUACGUUGCCAAAAUCACACUUAUCUAUUCACUUGACGACACAAGUAGAGAGAGAGAGAGAGAGAGAGAAGUGUAUAGGUACUUUAUGUUGUACCAGAUUUGGCCAUCGAUCCCCUUCGUAUGUGAUUGGCAAAAGCCAAUGGAGCAUCAGCCGCAGUAUACUAUCAGCAGUAUGGACAGACUGCGAACUCUCCUGUAUGUGUUCCACCCACUUCUUCCUCGCAUUCAAUGCCGCAAGUCGAUGAAGGCUCGGGAAACAUGUUACCACCACCACCUGCACGGGGUGCUUACUGCCACAGCCGGAAGCUUUGCAGAACUAUUCAUGGCAGUGACCUGUUUCUUACUGCAAGUGGACGAUCGUCUCUCUCUCUCUCUCUCUCUCUCUCUCUCUCUCAUGGGGCGGACACAUCGGAGCUUCUGUCCUGGAGAAACUCAGGCUAAUCUCGUGACAAUGUGUGUGCUUUGUGCCCAUUUUGAUCCGUAGGAACAAUACACCAAACAUGACAGAGACUGAGUCAAAGAUGGACCCAAAGAGACGAGCUGACAACACCGCUUCUGUGCAAUCUCUACACUACCUGUCAGGGACUCAAUAAUACUGUGUCUCCACGGCAACGAUCUUUUGGGGACAAAGAACACAUGGGAUCGCUAUCAGCAAAGGGGACUGUACCGCCCAGACUACGCACCGCUGCGCACCUUUGGCCAUGGCCAGACGGUGGUGCUUUUGGCCAUAUGAUGCUGCUCGGUCCGGUGGGGACAAAGCAGUCGUUCAGAUUGCUUCGAGGAAAAGCAAGGGAGAUGCUGGUCAUUGCAGCGGUGGCCACAAGGUGAGCGAGGGCCAAAACCCUCGUCUUUGGGAUAAGUAAUCAACUAUUUGGUUCCUUGUUAGAGAGGCUGGACAACAAGAGGGCUCGAGCAUAGCGUCGAGAAGCGAGACAAACAUUAUAUAUGCUUGCCACAACAUUUCUUUUCCAUCCGCCUUUAUUCAGCAACUGCAAAUUAUUUGUCGCCAAAUGCCAAUUUUUCUUUCAGCAGAAGAGCUGAAGCGAGCGGCUUCUCCAGUGCCGUGGAGUGUGUAGCCUCCGCCGUAGCUCUUCCUCAACCCCGGUCGCCGCCAUCGGCAGGGAACUCCUUUGUCUCUUGAUCGCUCGAGGACUGCCUUUAGGCGAAGCUUCUGGAAUCUAUGGGUCAAGAUGUAGUUCUGGAAUUUGACAAUCAUUUUCAAGGAAGAUUGGGGCAUAAAAUUGUUAGUGCCUGUAGUCCUAGCAGUAGAAAGGUACAAGAGAGAUGUAGAAAAGGACAGCCUGCAAACACAAUCAACUACUUGAAGAAUUUGGAUGGUGAUUUUAGAGAACUUAGCCAUAGAUAUUCAUCAAAUCUCCAUUAUGAAUUUAUGCACUCCACAAGUCUUGGUUGCAACGAUGAGAAUGAAGUGCUAAAAAGGGGAUCUAUGUAUCAGAGCUCUAAAGAAGUCAGGAGAAUGAGAAAACUACGAGAGCGAAGGAGGGAAGUAGAAUCUAGGUGUACUGAUGAUGAUUUUAUUUCAUUUGAGAUUGUUGAUCAUUUGGCUCAGCAUGGCAUAAACAGAUCCAAUCAGUCACCACAUCAGAAGUUUUUGCCUCCUGUGUGUUCAAGUGCUGAUUCAAAACCUACAUCUGCUGACACACUUAACUCAACUGCCAUGAGCUCUAUGGAGUUUCUGGAUCUUUCGUUCCGUGAUCUUCCUGAUAAGCCUUUGCAUACCAAUAACUUGUGCUCCAAUUUUGGACCAGCAAAAGGUAACUUGGUAGAUGAUCUCUUGGAGAUCUGCCUACACUCUGUCAAUACAAGAACUCACUGUACAGAAGCAGCUUCUGAGUUGCUAGAAGUUGGACCUCUCAAGGAGCAAGAAUCUGGUUGUCACGAGAAGUUUGGUCCUGAAAGUCAUGGGAAAAUCAUUUGUGAAAGAAAUUCACUAAACAUUCUUCCAAAACGCUUUUCAGAAAAGACAAAAAUGUCCCACACACUUAUGCAGUUGGAAUAUGGUCUAGCUGAAGCCAGGGAUUCGAAAAAUAUGUUUAGCCCACUCAAGAAAAUGUUUGAUCCUUUGAUAAAAUCCAAAUCUCUCCGUGAUUCACCGCUCACAGGAACACAAAGAUCUGGGAGCAAAGUUAUUGAUUCCACAAGCAUUACGAGUAACGGAGUGUUUGAGGAUAUGGAGUGUGUGACAGGAGAGAUCUUGACUGCUUCUAUGUCGCCUGCUCAUCUACAUGGAAUUCUUAAACUUGAUAUUGAGAAUCAGAACCCAUCAUUUGAGUUCUCUCUACUAGAUCCAGAAGACACACUAUCUGCAAAAACAUGGAAAACGGAUAGUGCAUUUAACUGGGUUUACACCUUCCAUAGUUCUAGAAAAAAGAAUACUAACUAUGGGACUAAAGACAAACAUGGACAGUCGCCUCCAUUAGUUGGGCAGAUGCAGGUUUCUUGUUAUAUAUGCUCAGAAGUGAAAGAUAAUGGAUCUUUAGUUAAUUCGACAGUUGCAGAGUUUGUCUUAUAUGACAUUGCACGAGCAAGAAGACACUUUGUUGUCGAAGAAAGAUCCAAGUGCUCUUCAGAUUCCAUUCAACCUGUUACAAGUAAUGCUAUGGGAGGCCUGGUUGCAGAGGGACCUUAUGAGAGAAACAAUUCAGUGGAGCACCCAGAUUCUUCUAGACAUGGAUUUGGUAGUUCUGACUCAAGACCUUGGACUUCCUACCCCUGGACACCAAAAGAUUUGCAUCCGCGACAUGAGAUUGCGGCUAUUGUAACCCAAAUUCCUUUCAGCAAAAAGGAUAGUCUGAAAGAUAUGAAAGUGUCCAGGCCAAAAGAAAGCCAAAAUUUAUCAAGAUCUCCUACAAUUGAUCAGGGAAGGGAGAGAAAGAGCAGCUCGAAUCCUGCAAUGGUAAAGGUUGUGACUCCAAGUGGAGCUCAUGGGUUGCCAGACACUGUUGAAGGUGACCCAUCUUCACUUCUAAAUAGAUGGAGGUUUGGUGGCGGCUGUGAUUGUGGUGGCUGGGACAUGGCCUGCCCAAUUGUUGUAUUUGACAAUUCCCAUGCUGACGAUUGGAUAGAUCAUUCAACAUGCGAAAUUGAAAAGUCCACGUUUCUUUUUGUUCAGGGAAAGAAGGAAAAGUUACCUGCACUAUCAAUAUCGGCUGAUGGCAAAGGACUUUAUUCAGUUGAUUUCCAUGCACAACUCUCAGCUCUACAGGCAUUUUCGAUCUGCAUUGCCAUCCUGCAUGGUUCUGAAGUUUCUUCGGCUGUUAUCCAGGAGAAGAUCAGACAGAGGUUUUACUCUAAUUCAUUAAAAUUACUCCUUGAGGAAGAAGUGCGGCAGUUGAUUGAAGCAGUUGCAACUGAAGAACAAAUAAAAGCGAAAAAAGGAACAGAGCAGAUGCCUCCCUCUUUUUUCCUAGACCCACCCUUUUCUCCGAUGGGCAGGGUUUAGAAUCGAAGCACUACAUGCUGAUUGAGCCGAAUGAUCUUGAAGCUAGAUCAAGCGAUGUCAGAGAUAGCAUGCUGGAAUGUGCUUGAGCAUCCCAAUUAUUUCUGGAAUAUAGCAGAAAUCUCUAGGGAAGAUUCGCCGCAAAGAUAAGUUAUGUCUUCUGUUACAAAGAUAAGUUACACCAAUGUUCAAUUAUUCAUACCAACUCUGAGUUCGUGAUAGCUGAUGUGUGCUAGAUCAUGUCUGUGUUCAUAAUCAUAAGCGAGGUAAAGGAAAUGUCUUCUGUUCAUAAGAGGUUUUCACUUUCUUAUCUGAUUGCUCACCGUUGUCAGUGACAAUAAACAUCGAGAUGGUGCUAAUACACAACUGCAAUGUGAGUAGCUUUCUCGUCGGUCUGGUAA